UCUAUAUAUAUGUAUAUAUAACCACAACUUCAUUUUCAUCAUGCAACCCCUAAAAUAUGUCUACUUUCACAACUUCAACAUCAUCAAAUCUACCUAUUACUCACUUCAUCUCCAUUCUCUCCUGAUCCUUCAACCCAAUAUGAAGCACGUUGUAGGCGUCCUACGCCCAUGCAAUGCCUUCUUGACGAUGAAUCCUAACCAACAGGCAUUACGGUCGCGAAAAUCUAGCACGAAGAUUAAUGCUAGUGUGAAGAUCAGGACAAAUUCGUGGGACUCUGAGCAAUGCUUUGUUAAUCCCAAAGCGGGCAAGCUUAUUCGUCACAAGUGGAUGGAGUUCCAAGGGAUUAAUGAUUGGGAGGGCUUGCUUGACCCUCUGGAUGACGGCCUCCGGGCCGAGAUUUUGAGGUACGGGGAGUUUGUUGAGGCUGCGUAUCGGUGCUUUGACUUCGACACGUCAUCAUUGGGGUACGCCAUGUGUAGAUACCCCAAGUGCUCGAUGCUGACACAGUGUGGGAUGGGCAAGAAAGGGUACAAGGUGACCAAGAGUUUGUACGCCACCUGCGGAGUCCACUUGCCGGACUGGGCUGAUCACAGGAUACCUAAUUGGAUGUCCAAUCAGUUCAGCUGGAUUGGGUAUGUUGCCGUGUGCAAUGACAAGGACGAGAUCGCUAGACUUGGACGUCGCGACGUGGUGAUAGCCUACCGAGGCACGGCCACGUGUAUGGAGUGGCUUGAGAACCUGCGUGCGACGCUGACUAGCCUGCCUGCUGACAUGUCACCGGACAACUGCGAACCAAUGGUGCAGAGUGGGUUUCUGAGCCUAUACACGUCGAGCAGAGGCCGACGCUCGAGCCUACAAGAUUCAAUACGAGAGGAAAUCGAGAGAAUCGUCCACAAAUAUGCCGAUGAGCCUCUUAGCAUCACGGUGACGGGGCACAGCCUGGGGGCGGCACUGGCGACGCUGACGGCACACGACAUUACCACUACAUUCAAACACGCGCCAUUAGUGACCGUCGUCUCAUUCGGAGGGCCGAGAGUCGGGAAUAAGAGCUUCCGAUGCCAGCUAGAAAAGAGCGGCACGAAAGUGCUAAGAAUUGUCAAUUGCGACGAUCCCAUAACCAAAGUUCCCGGAUUCGUGCUAGAGGAAAACACCACAAAAACGUCGAAUUGGCUGCAGAAACGGGUCGAAGACACGCAGUGGGUGUACGCCGAGAUCGGAAAGGAGCUGAGGCUAAGCAGCAGAGACUGCCCACAUCUAAGCAGCGGGAACGUAGCAACGUGCCACGAUCUCAAGACGUAUCUACACUUGGUGGACAAUCUUGUGAGCAGCUCAAGUUGCCCACUCAGAGCCACAGCGUAGGGAGAAGCAGCACAGCAGCUUUGGAUUUUAGAUAAAAGUUGUUUAAGUGCUUCCCCUGAUCCUGAUUCAGAUUAUGAUUCUGCAUAUAUACUAAUUAUUAACUGUAAAUACA